AUGCCACGGAAUUGCGAUGAAGAUUCUGGUCAUAGUUCUUGCACAGAACAAGCACCCACAGUCAGCCCCCACAUGGAUAACUACCUGAAGUCUAAUCACAUAUUUAAAACUAAGGAAUAUAGAGAUAAUGAAACAAAUAAGAACUUAGUUGUCAGUACUAAACCUAGAAAUAAUAUCAGCCUUGUGAAAUCCCCAGAUAUGGGAGAGCCAUUCCCAAGUUGUAGAAUAUCAAAUGAACAAAGAAGACCUAUUUUUAAUUUUUUUGAAAACCCAAGAAUGAUAAAUCCAAGUAAUGCUCAUUCUACAUUAAAUGUACCUUGUAACACCGAUUUUCAGAACUCUAAAAUUAAAAUUAACUCUGGAUUAGUUAGUGCAUUAAAUAAAGAAAAUUUAAGUAAAACCAAACAUCCUAGCAAUGUUUUUAAAAGGUGUAAACCUGUACAAAGGGCAGCAUCGAGGUUAUAUAAAGCUGAAUCACUCAAAGGCAAGGAUGCUUGUGUGGGCCCUGAGUUUAUUGUGAGAGCAUCACAACCAGCUCGGAAUAUUGAUUUAACAGUAUCUGGAAUCUGUGAAAAAAGAGUUAUUACAGUUGUUCUGUUGAACGGUCAGAAAAUUGAAGUGCUAUGUGACCCUAACACAAUCACAGCUGGACAAUUAUUCGAAGCUCUCAUACAAAGUGAGAAAUAUGAACAUAACUUUAUGCUUGGAAUUGCUGUUCUCAUAGGAGGCGAUUUUAUAUUUCUACCUGACGACUAUAAAAUAAAAAAAAUAGCAGCAGAGCCAUGGAGUAAAAAUCUAAACAAGAGAAAAAAUAAUGAUGAUGCUGUGUCAUUAACUGUGUUUUUAAGAAUAAAGUUUUUCUUGCCAAAAAACAUAGCCAGUAAUGUUCAAGGGGGUGAUUGGAUGUAUCGGGUGUACUUGCAAUUAAGAAGAGCUACAGUUGAGGGGCAAAUGAUCUCGACAAUACAAAAUCUCAUAUUAUUAGCUGGAUAUGCUUUACAUAUAGAAUUUGGUGAAUUUUCAUACAGGGAACAUGGAACGGCUGAUUAUUUUCUGUUGGAACAUUAUUUACCAGAAUCGCUAAUCACUACUGAUAUGGCAGACAUAAAACUUCGGAUGAAAAAGUCUCAUGAGUCAAGAAGGGGGUUAGAGAAAAAUAGGGCUGUCAUAAAUUAUAUUACUUUGGCACAAACAUUCAGAGAUUAUGGUGCUCAUUUUUAUUCGGCCGUUUGGGCUACUCGAGAUGGAUUUUGCAGAGAUGUGUGGCUAUCAAUUGGACCUAGAGGUAUCACAUUAUACUCUCGGACAAAUCAUAUGCUGGAUUCAUCGACAUCAAACAGAAUUGUACUUCAAAGUUUGCCUUGGCAUCAUAUCCAUAAUUUUUAUCAUAAUAAAAAAAGUCUUUAUAUCCUACCAAAUGCAUAUUCUGGUGUAUAUAAGAUGGGAAUAAAGUAUAAAUUGAAAAUAUCUGACAAUAAGGCAUACUUUGUCUUUUGGUUGGCAUCAUUACAUCACAGACUAUAUUUAAAAUUGUAUGCAAAGGAUGACUUUAUUUCCUAUUUAACAAAUGCCCUCAAUUCUCCUAUUAGAUCAGAGAGUCCUAAGAAAAGUGAAGUAAGUAAUUAUCAAGAUAGUUAUAAUUUAGCUGUCCGCAACCCUGUAAGGGUACGUAGACCUCUUCGCCGAAGGUUACAAGUUGACUUGUUUGGUAAUAAGAAAUUGCAAAAUAAAAAACCUGAUACAGUGGAACUCUUUCAACAGAUUUUGUCUGCAGAACUUAGUGACGAGAGUAUUGUUCACAGUCCCACAAAUGACAUUGGCAAUAUGUCUAAUGAUGGAUUGUCAUCAUCAGAAAGCAGUUUACCUCGAAGGCAUCGCGUUAAAAUGGGAACUAGAGUUUUUAAUGGCAUGAAAUUUUCCUCAGCCAAUAAUCAUCUUAUAUCUCCACAGAAUAACAUGUUCACAAAAUCAGAAGGAGAUCUUACAGCUACACAUAGUGACUCUGAUGAAAUAAACUCAAGCCAAAAACAGGAAUGCUGUGUAAAUAGCAUGAAAUUGUUACCUGAAAGACCCUACAGCCAGAACAUAUGUCAAUCACCGACAGCAUAUGUAUUAGAGUCGCCAAAAGUUUACUCUGAUGUGUUUAAAUAUGAAGUAAAUGACUCAUGUAUGAAUACUUCUAUAAUUGAAAGAUUUGAUAAUAUGGAAUGUAUACAAAGUGAAAGAAUAUUCGUAACGGCUGUAUUAGAAAGGGAUGAAACCAACGCCUUAGGUCUACAAGUUGCUGAAGGUUCCGACGGAAAUGUUUAUAUAAAAUCGGUCACUCCAGAAAGUCCUGCUGACCUAUGUAAAAAACUUUUCCCAGGGGAUCAAAUAAUAUCUGUUGAUGGACAAACAUUGCUUAACUUGAAAUAUGAAAAAUCAUUAGCCAUGCUACAAUCUGCUCCCAAAAAAGUAGAAUUAAUUGUUCUGCAAAAUGCUCUUAGAAAUACUUCUGUUCAUGACAUUGUUGACAGUGUCAAGAAAUCUAAAGGAAAUUUUAGAAAAAGUGCAACAUCAAUAGAUGCUGACCUAACAGAUGAUGAACUUUUGAACGAAGAGGCAUUAAAAACUAUAUAUGCUCUUAUCAAACUGACAAAAGAAAAAGUGGUAGAUAGAAUGAAGGAGUCUAGUACCUUUAGUACAUCAAUAUCAAAUAAUUUACAAAGGUGUUAUUCAGAAAACAGGGUAUAUAAUGAAUCUGAUUUAUAUGUUUCAUCACAACAACAAACUCCUAAAAAGGGACAAAAAUUUAAUACAUGGAGAGAGCCUUAUGUCAAGCAUAAGCGGCGACCACUGAGCUUAAGCAUUCCUUCUGACGUCAAUUUGCCUGAUAAUUACCUAAACGGUAGUGGUGAAGACUUGUUCAAAAACUCCUCUCUAAACACAGUUCAGUCUGUUUUAAAAGAUGACGUAGGAGACAAUAGUUCUCCAACAUAUGUAGCUUUGCCUCGUAAUUUUGGUUUGAGCAGACGAUGGCGAGGACCCGUGAAAUAUCCAGUGACCCCAUGUAAAAAUAGCAAUACAUAUAAGGGUACUAUUAGUGAUGAUGUUGUAAGAAGGCACUUUGUGUAUGGCGCAGGCGAUUCAGAUGAAGAUCAAAUAUUUUUGUAA